AUGGAGCACCACAAGCCACCAACCACCAACCACCAUGACCUACCGUCAUUUCUUGCAUACGCUGAACGGUCAGGGUUAGACCCCAAGACCACGCUCUACGUGGGAACCCAUUACGAGUACACGGUCGCGCAGGUCCUUUCCAGGUACGGCUUCUACCUACGGAGAAUAGGCGGCCACUCAGACUACGGCACCGACCUGCUGGGGACGUGGACCGUGCCGUGCUCAGAGGAGCCGCUGAAGGUCCUAGUCCAGUGCAAAGCCAUCGCGAGGAAGUCUGCGCCCAACUUGAUACGCGAGCUCGAGGGCGCCUUCGUCGGUGCGCCUGUCGGGUGGAAGGGACACGGCGUCCUGGGCAUAUUCGUCACCGAGAACCCAGCCACGAAGGGCGUGAGGGACUCGCUUGGGCGGAGCCGGUGGCCCAUGGGGUUUGUGUCGUGUACCAGGGAUGGACGGAUUCAACAGAUGUUAUGGAACCAAAGGGCCGAGGAAGAAGGUCUCCAGGGCCUAGGGGUGGGCAUGCGCUAUGCCGGCGAGGACGGAGAGCCGCAGUUGUUGUUGACAUGGAAGGGCCAGCACGUUGCCCUUCAAUAG